CGGCGUACUCCAGAAGAGAGCGCGAGAAAAGCGGAGGACAACAGGCAGGCAGCCCCUUUCUUUCUCUCUUUUUUUUCUUCGUCUUAUUCUCCCUUGCUUUCCCUCUUCCCACAGCACCGGCCAAUGUCCAUUUGUUUAACCUCCCAGCUCGGAAGCAGCAGUAGCAGCCGGCCAGCCAGCGGCCUCGCUCCGUGCGACCAUGCUGGAGGAGAACCGCGGCUACGGGCUGUCCACCGGCAGCUCGUUGGCGAACGUCUCCGUGUUUCACCUCAAACUAACUGACAGCGCGGCGACAGCCAUUAGCAACCUCCGCCACCAACACGACAAGACUUCAUUGGCACCUCCCACCAUCUGUUUCAAUGGAAACCAAGGGAAAAUCACAAUUCCCUGCUCCGAGAGUGGCGGCGACGCCAGGGUCUUCAUGUUCGGCGUCACCAACGUUGCCUGUGACAAUCCACAGGGCAGCUUCGACUGCAUCCAGCAACUUUGCUCCGGCUCUGUGCAGAAGCUGUCGUGUCUGGGCGUGAUCCAGAAGAAGAUGACUGUGAGGGCCACGGACGACUCGUACGACAAAGCCCUGCAGAGCAUGGCGCAGGCCGAGGAGGAGAACCGCAGCCGGGGGGCCAUCGUCAUUAAGCAGGGAGGACGCUUCAAGCAAGGGAAGAAGGUGACGGUGCGCGCCCCGGCCCCGGCACUGGCCAGCCUGAGCAAACCCCGUCGGACGGCCAAGACCCUCCUCCCGGGCGGCGGCAACGUCAAAGCGGUUGCCAUCGGGUCCAAGGGCAGGAAAGGUGUCUGUGUGUCCAACGGGAGGUGCGACGUGCACCGGCGGCCCAUCAGAGAGAGGGUGACGCACCUGCUGGCCCUCAGGCCCUACAGGAAGCCAGAGCUCAUGUUGAGACUACAGAAGGACGGCCUGACGCCACUUGAUAAAAACAUGCUGGACUCCGUGCUCAAUGAUGUGGGACAUCUUAAUAGCAGGGACAACACGUUGGUGUUGAAGGACUGCCUGUACAAGGAGCUGCAGAAGGACUGGCCCGGGUACACGUCAGGAGACCAGCAGCUCUUCAAACGAAUCCUUGUCAGGAGAUUGUUCCAGCCUCAACAGAACCUCUUCGCCGUCCCCGAGACCCAGGUUAGCCCGCUGCGGGACACGCCCAACUCGUCGCCGGCGCACCGUCCCAAACCGGCCCUGGCCGAGGAGUACACGGACCCUCUGGUCAGCAAGAAGACCAGGAUAUCGCACUUGACCCGCAAAGCCGCCGUGGCGCUGGGCGACGACAGCCGUUCCGUGCGCUCGCUGGACCCCCGCAGGCUUUUGGACUCGUUGUCGACGGCCUGCGGACAGAAAGCGGAGACGACCGAUCCGGCCCCUGACGUGGACAGAAACACCGUCAAAAGGAAGAGCAGCAAACACAGAGAACAGGAGGAGAAGAAGAGAGGUGGCAAAGAAAGGAAAACGGAGACCAGUUCAGCUGAUCUAACCACUCAAGUAGCUGGUGACCGUACAGAAGCUGCUUUUGUGACGUUAGACCCCGAUGGCCUACAAGCUGCCGAGCAGAGCACUGAUUAUUUAACGACGUACACUGAGAUCAGCAGUCCCGCUCAGCGUCAGCGCUACAAGGAGGAGUUCAACAAGGAGUACAGCGAGUACCGAGACCUCCACGCCCGCAUCGACGGCGUCACCCGCCAAUUCAUGGAGCUGGACACGCAGCUCAAGCAGCUCCACCACGAUUCGCACAAAUACAAGACUAUUCACAAUCAGAUCGUCCAUGAUUAUCGCCAAAUAAAAAAGUCCAACCCGAACUACAGCCAGGACCGUGUCCGCUGUCAGUACCUCCACAAUAAGCUGGCUCACAUCAAGAAACUCAUAUCAAAGUUCGACCAGCGGCAACUAGAGCAGCAUUCUGCCCCCAACUGAGGAGGAAAAAGUAAAACUCUACUGUCGCAUUAACAGAGCACCGGAAACUCUGGUCUCGCCGUUCGAAUGGUCGCAGGUCUGCAGCGACGGGAAGAGCGCCAACGAUUGGUGUGCGACGAUCGCUACUACUGAGGUCGUACGGAGCAGCAGUCACAAGCUCUGAAGCACGAGGAGUGACGGCACUAUGAUGACAAAAAAAAAAACUAUGUUUUUGAGGCCGAUGUUCACACUGAGAAGACUGUUGUUCUCCUGAUUUUAUUUUUUGUCUUGGUGAAAGAAAAGCCUAUCAGUGUCCCUCCUAUUUAAGGUACAGACAUCCAGUCUUGUUCAUUAAGGUGUUGGAAUCCGUAUUCAGGGAGUUAAAGGACUACAAGGUUGAAAACAUGUCGUUGCAUGCUACGUUUUACAUAACUCAUGCUCGCCAAUGAGUCUAUUUUUUGUGUGUCAUUUUCGUUCACCUUCAUUGCAUCAGUUAUAAUACAACGGUUGAAAAAUAACCAACAACAAAAAAAAAAACAUACAAACUCAGACUCGUGAAUAAAUUACUAUUUGAAUGUA